CUACGGAAAGAUCUAUGGGGAUCCCAAUGCAUACACAAACGGGAGGAUCGGGAAACACCACGUUGUCCUCGCUCAUAUGCCAGGCAUGGGCAAGGGGAUUGCCUCCAGUGUUGCAACGAGCUUCAACGCGAGUUAUAAUAAUAUCAGGCUGGCAUUGCUGGUUGGGAUUUGUGGUGGGGUUCCGCGCAAAAAGGAUGGAGGAGAGAUCUUUCUAGGUGAUGUACUGGUCAGCAAUGGCCUUGUUCAAUAUGAUCUGGGAAAACGGUUUCCAGAUAAAUUUUUCCGCAAGGAUACCCUUGGUGAAAGUCUGGGGAGGCCGAACCAGGAGAUUCGGUCGAUACUGGAAAAGCAGGAGGGAGUCAGAAGUAAAGGCCUCUUGGAGGGGCGUUUAGCGUCCUAUCUUGAUGUGGUCCAGGACAGGUUGGGUGUGCAGAGAGCUGGGUACCCGGGGACCGAAGAAGAUUUCCUUUUUCCAUCAGACUACCGACACAAGCACCGCGAGCCUCAGGCAUGCAGCCUCUGCGAUAGCUGCCAGGCCAGAGGAGAUCCUGUUUGCUAUGAAGUUUUGCAGAUGCGCUGUCAGGUGCUAAAAUGCGAUCGCACGAUAAGCGGUGUUCGGACGAGGAUCCCAAGCGAGGUUGAAAAUCCUCCACCAGCUGUUCAUGUUGGACUCAUUGCAUCUGGCGAUACAGUGCUAUUGUCCGGGGACGACCGCGACGAAAUUUCUGCAAAGGAAGAGACAAUUGGGUUUGAAAUGGAAGGCGCUGGUGUUUGGGACAAUAUUCCCUGCAUUGUCAUCAAGGGUGUCAGUGACUACGCUGAUAGCCACAAAAGUAGAAGGUGGCAAGGCUAUGCCAGCGCAGCCGCGGCGUCUUGUAUGAAGGCUUUCUUAUGCGAAUACACCGUUCCGGAUCGUUUCAUGACGACUAUUUCGAGUAUGUAGACCGACCGCGUCAUUCAGAUUGAUCAUUUACCGAGGAUAAACAA